GGGUAUAAGCUGUUUAGUCUUUAACUUAACGUAUCACUCGAAGCAAUGUUCCUUCUAUCAGUCGUAACGCUUUGCUUGGUCAGUAUUCUUCAAUACGUCACUGCUGACCUUUUGGGCAAUCAGACUGUGCGCGACAUUCUGCUCAAAAACAAAUGCUUGUGCCCAUGUGGAACCACCAGUACUGGAAUAAAGGAAUUCUUGAUUCCUUUCGAUGAAGGUACCUGGUUCGAAGCUGUUUCCCAUUGCAACAGCAUUGGAAUGUCGAUGGUACAAAUCCGUGAUCGAUAUGACAAUCAGGAUCUGAAGGAAUGGCUUCAAUACAAUGGUGAUGGACCCUCGGAAAGCUACUGGAUCGGUGCCAAUGAUUUGGCCAAGCAUGGCAUUUUCCACUGGGGAUUAGACAACAAGCAGGUCCGGUUCGAACAGUGGGCUUCCGGGGAACCAAAUUCGGCCGUCAUUCGAGGUGAAAAAGAGCAUUGUGUGGAGCUAAAGGCGGAAACGAUGCAAUGGAACGAUUCAGUGUGUUCGAAGCGAUUGAAAUUCGUAUGUGAACGAUUUAACUAGUGUAAGACAAGAGAUUGUAUUUAUUGUUCAAUAAUAAAACAAUAAUUAGUAUGCACUGACAUGUUCACAAAUGUA